UGGAGGCCCAAAGCGAGGCCAGAGCGGGAGAGACUCCCACGACCCCUAAUCAGGGGAGCGUGGGCCCACGCCUGGAGUGAACGAAGCGCGCCUCUUCCCCACCUCCGCCUCGCUUAGCGGGCGGGUGGGGAAGCGCCCCAGGGCGAGCACAAGCUGAGGGGCGGGGCGAGUCGAGCGCCCGAACCGCCCCCGAGCGAGGUCUCGGUUCCGCGGCGGUGGCGCCCGCUAGAGUUGACGUUAGCCAUGGAAACGCGGAGAAGGCUCAGGCGCGAUCGCGGUGAGCCGGUUACCUGGCCACUAGAGUUUCUCUGCUUCUGCGUUCGGGUCGCAGGCAGCCUCCGGGCGGGAUCGCCCAACCCGGGUUUACCUGCAAAAAUGCAGUUCCCGGGAUUCCUUCGCAUCGCCUCUUUCCUCGGGUGACUCGAGAGACUGCUAUGUUCCAGAAGAGGAUGUGACUUUCAGAAUAAUCCUGAAUGAGAAGGAUGAGUCCAGAUGUGCCUCUGCUGAAUGAUUACAAACAGGACUUCUUUCUGAAGCGCUUUCCGCAGACUGUUCUUGGAGGCCCUCGAUUCAAAUUAGGCUAUUGCGCCCCUCCUUACAUAUAUGUUAAUCAAAUUAUCCUUUUUCUGAUACCAUGGGUUUGGGGUGGACUAGGAACACUCUUGUAUCAGUUGGGCAUUUUGGAAGACUAUUACACAGCAGCGCUUUCAGGUGGACUGAUGCUUUUCGCUGCAUUUAUCAUCCAGUUCACAAGUUUAUAUGCCAGAAACCAAUCGGUGACGGUAGAAAGAAUGCUAACCACAGAUAUCUUAGCAGAGGAAGAUGAACAUGACUUUACAAGUUGUGCUGGUACUGAGACUAUCAAAUUUCUAAUUCCUGGCAAGAAAUAUAUAGCCAAUACAGUUCUUCAUUCUUUUCUUGCUGGGUUAAUGUGUGGUCUUGGAACAUGGUAUCUGCUCCCGAAGAGAAUAUCCCUGCUGUAUGGCAGCACAGGAGGCACUGUUCUACUGUUCGUCUUUGGAUGGAUGACAUUAUGUAUAGGAGAAUAUUCAUUAAUUGUAAACACAGCUGCAGAGACUGCGACUUUCCAACCCCAGGAUACUUAUGAAAUCACUCCUCUUACGAGACCUCUUUAUAUUUUUUCCUUUGUUUCUGUAGAUCUUGCACACAGGUAAUAAGCUAUCGGAUACUUUAUAACUUGCUUUAUUUUUAAGCAUUCAUAGUAUGAGCUCUCCUUAGUAUUAAAAAAAGGAAUCUAUGAAUUGAAAGUCAUCAAGACCAAACCAUUGGAUGAUAGGUUGUUCUGAUGAUUAAUCUCUUAGGAGUAAUCUCUAUUAAACAUUCAUACGAAAGCAGUAAUUAAACCUUAUUGAAGAGUAAAAAGAAAACCCUUUAAAGGUUUAUGGUAAAUAUACCAGCUCUAGAACAAGUGAAUCAGAUUUUACACAUCUUGUUUAUAUUUCUACCCUUUCUGUGGGCACUCGGGACUCUGCCCCCACCUGAUGCACUUUUCUUAUGGGCAAUGGAGCAGGUUUUAGAGUUUGGCCUUGGAGGCUCAUCUAUGUCAACGCACCUACGGUUAUUACUAAUGUUCAUCAUUUCUGCUGGAACAGCUGUAACAUCAUAUUUCAUUCCCAGCACUGUUGGUGUGGUUCUUUUCAUGACGGGACUUGGGUUCUUACUGAGUCUUAACCUAAGUGACGUGGGUCUUGCCUUCAAACACAGUGUGACUAGACACAGAGUUGGAACCAAAUCUAAGCCUUUACCCAGUGAUUCAGAAAAACAGUUUACUUGGAAGGAAUGCCUUUUCUACAUCAUCAUAUUAGUCUUGGCUCUCAUAGAAACUAGUUUGCUGCAUCAUUUUGCUGGUUUCUCACAGAUUUCCAAAAACAGUCCUCAGGCUAUUGUUGGCUAUGUUUUGAUGAUACUGCUUAUAAUACUGUGGAUACUUAGAGAAAUUCAGAGUGUCUGUAUCUUUGGAAUUUUCCGAAACCCUUUCUAUCCAAAGGAUGUGCAAACUGUGACUUUAUUCUUAGAGAAGCAAACAAGGCUUGUGAAGAUUGGUGUUGUCAGACGGAUUUUGCUAAAUCUAGUGUCACCCUUUGCUAUGAUCGCAUUUCUUUCAUUGGACAGUUCCUUACAAGGGCUCCACUCUGUGUCUGUCUCCAUUGGAUUCACGAGAGCUUUUAGAAUGGUGUGGCAGAAUACAGAAAAUGCUUUAUUGGAGACAGUCACUGUAUCAGUAGUACACUUGUUGAUCUCUAGUACAGAUGUGUGGUGGAACAGAAGCCUGGAUACGGGAAUCAGACUCUUACUGGUUGGUAUCAUGCGUGAUCGUCUGAUUCAGUUCAUCUCUAAGCUGCAGUUUGCUGUGACCAUACUUUUGGCAUCGUUGACUGAGAAAAAACGUCGAAAGUCAACCACCACUUUAUGUAUACUCAACAUUGUCUUCUCUCCAUUCGUGCUGGUCUUCAUCGUUUUCUCUACGCUGCUCUCCUCUCCCUUACUCCCCCUCUUCACCCUUCCUUUGUUCUUGGUGGGCUUUCCCCGACCUGUUCGGAUUUGGCCGGGAGCAGUGGGUGCCACAGCCUGCGUGUGUGCAGACACAGUGUACUACGCCCACAUGGUCCCACGUCUGACCGCUGCGCUGCAGGCUGCAAUGGCCACUGGGAGUUUAGGUCUCCUCUUACCUGGGUCUCAUUACUUGGGCCGUUUUCAGGAUCGUUUAAUAUGGAUAAUGAUUCUAGAAUGUGGUUAUACUUACUGCUGUAUUAACAUUAAGGGGCUAGAAUUGCAAGAGACAUCCUGUCAUACUGCUGAAGCUCAAAGAGUUGAUGAAGUUUUUCAAAGUGCCUUUGAACAAGAAUAUUCAAGAAUAUGUCCUCUGAAUGAACACUUUGGAAAUGUCUUGACACCCUGUAUUGUUUUGCCAGUAAAACUCUAUUCUGAUGCCAGGAAUGUUCUAUCUGGCAUAAUCGAUUCUCAUGAUAGUUUAAAAGAAUUUAAAGGUGACCUUAUCAAAGUACUUGUGUGGAUACUCGUCCAGUACUGCUCCAGAAAGCCCAGCGUGCAGGAGGUUGUUCACAAAACUGAAAAUAAAGGGAAAGCAUCUCUAAUAAUCCUGCCUGCUUUGAAUGCUUCACCACAAACCCAAUCCCCAGAAGACACAGAUAGUUUAAAUUCAGAAAUUUUGGAUGAUUGGUCUGAUGAUAAUGUUUUUGGUGAUGAGCCAACUAUCAGAAAAGGAAAAGAAGAAAAAGAUCAAUUAAAAGUUGUAUCAGGUAUAAAUUUGCCUAUUCCAGGAUCAGUAGAAUCACAGGGGGUUGGUGAUCAUUCUAUAGGCACAGUUCCUGAAAACAGUCUUUACAAGUCAGUUAUAUUGGGAUACCCUGUUGUUGACAAAGGAAAACAAAAAGAUGUGGCAUAUAUCCCUCUCGUGGAAUUCAGUUGUUCUCAUUCUCACUUGUUAAGCUUACCUGAAGAGUGGACAUCUAACUGUUUGCCUAAUUCCAAAAUGAGGGAGAUGAGCUCAUUAUUUCCAGAAGAGUGGUACCAAUUUGUUUUAAGGCAGUUGGAAUGUUUUCAUUCAGAACAAAAUGCUUCAAAUGUACUGGAAGAAAUUGCAAAGGACGAAGUUUUAAAAGACUUUUAUGUUCAUGCAGUAAUGACUUGUUAUUUUAGUUUAUUUGGAGUAGACAAUAUGGUUCCCAGUCCUGGUCAUAUAUUGAGAGUUUACAGUGGUGUUUUGCCUUGGUCUCUUGCCUUGGAUUGGCUCACAGAAAAGCCAGAACUGUUCCAGCUAGCACUAAAAGCUUUCAGGUAUACUCUGAAACUAAUGAUUGAUAAAGCAAGCUUAGGUCCAAUAGAAGACUUUAAAGAGCUGAUUAACUGCCUUGAAGAAUAUGAAACUGACUGGUACAUUGGUUUGGUAUCUGAUGAAAAGUGGAAGGAAGCAAUUUUACAAGAAAAACCAUACUUGUUUUCUCUGGGAUAUGACCCUAAUAUGGGAGUUUACACUGGGAGAGUACUUACCCUUCAAGAAUUGUUGAUCCAAGUUGGGAAGUUAAAUGCUGAAGCUGUUAGAGGUCAGUGGGCCAAUCUGUCAUGGGAAUUGCUUUAUGCCACAAAUGAUGAUGAGGAGCGAUAUAGUAUACAAGCUCAUCCACUACUUUUAAGAAACCUUACAGUACAAGCAGCUGAUCCUCCCCUGGGUUAUCCAAUUUAUUCUUCGAAACCUCUUUCCAUACAUUUGUAUUAGAGCCCAUUUUGACUUGUAAGUGUAUUGUCAUCAAAUGAGAUGUUUUUAUUUUUUCAUUUUAGAAAAGUAACAACGUGAUUCCUCAUAACUUCACUGGACUUCUCUUUCUCCUCCUACAAGUCAGAUACCUGAGAAAAGCUAAGCUCUGUAAAGUUGAUUCUCUCAGCUAUCUUAAUGUUUAAAAAACAGUCUAACAUAAAAGAAGUAGUUGGCCAACAUUUGCGCCCUAUGCAUUGUGGUAGGCUUUAGCAAAUAUAAAACAUUUGUAUAAGAUUAGGUAAUGAAUUUAUUAAUGCUUUCUUAAAUAUGUGAUAGGUGGCUUGCCUUAUAGAAGUCAACAACUAUGUAAUUUUUACAUUCCUAGAAGAUAUACACACAUAUCAGUGUUUUUAUGUAAUGAUAAUGGAUCCUACUGAAGGUUGCAUAAUGUAUAUUUAUUUAUUUGAAAUAUUAAAUUUUAUAGUAUUUUCAAAA